AUGGGCAGGCGGCGGCGGCUGGUGGACCCGGCGGCCGAGGCCGGGGCCGGGGCCCUGCCCAAGGUCAUCGCCGCGCUGAGUCGGUCUCUGCCUGCCGGGCCGAGCCCUGAGAUCUUCCGCCGCGCCAAGUUCGACCGUCCAGAGGCGGCUCCUGCGCUCUGGCAGCUCCUUUUCCGCUUGCUUUCGCCGCGGUCCGCAGACGGAGCUUCGGCCUCGCUCGCCCUCGAGGCCCAGGUCUGCUUGGUGAAGUCAGCGCUGCGCUCCCAGGGCUACCCAAGGCUGGUGCUGGCACAACUCCCUGAGGAUGGCUCCCGGGGCAGCCGGGAGCUGCUGCUGGCCCUGUCCUGGCUCCUGGCUCGAGGACCUCUGCCUGAGCAGCUGCUGGCCCAGGCCCACGUGCAGCUGGGUGACGAGAUACCUGUGUGCGAGUGUGAGGCCCUGGCCAGCCCUGGUCCCCGGGUACCCCACGUGGAAGCAGAGGGCCCUGUGGACAUCCGCUGUGUGCAGUGGCUGAUGGGAAGGCUGCGGUUUCGGUGGCGAUGCCUGAUCGCCAGUCAGCAGGAGCAGUGCACCCUCCUGAGCAAGAUCCACUUGUAUACCCGUGGCUGCCAUAGUGACCAGCGUCUGGGCCAUCUGUCUGUUGCUGAAACAGAGAUGCUCAGGGACCCAGAGGGCGGCCAGCAGCUGCUGCGGAGGCUGGAGCGUGAGAACACGGGCCUGGAGGCCGCUCUGGAGUGGCGGCGCGGCGAGCUGGUCUUCUGGCGGUGGAUGGACACGGUCCUGGGAGCCUGCCCCCCAGAGGCCCCAGCUGCUGCCACGCAGCCCACCUUUCUGCCGAGGAUCGCUGAGCGUGGCCUUGGCCGGUUGGAGCUGGCAGCGCGGGAGCUGCGGGCGCUGCAGGAGGAGCUGUGCGAGGCCACGGGGCGCAGGCGGGCGGCCUGGGAGGCCAGGGUGGGAGGCCAGGGCCGGGGGCCACAGUGGAGCUCUGCUCGGCAGGCCUUGCAGAAGGCUGUGGAGCAGGAGCUGGCGGCCCUGCGGUGGGCCUGGGAGCAAGACAGGGGCCCAGCCCGGCCCCAUGGGCCCCACCGACUGGUGAGAUGUGAGGAUGAGGCACCCGGGGGCCAGCACCUGCGGGCAGCCGAGGUGAUCCAGGCACUGAGGAGUCAGGAGGCCUGCCUGGAGGCGGCGCUGCGUCGACUGCAGGGACAAUGUCGGCAGGAGCUGGCCAGGCUAGCAGGAGCGCUCCCCGGCCUCAUCUGGAUCCUGCCGCCCAGAUGCUGA